CUGCAUUUUAAGACCGGUGCCAGCCUUCGGCUGGGCCCCGGUAAUAACUACGUACUGAAGAUCACACAAGAUAAAUCAUAUUCUAUCAUUCAUUAGCCCGUCAAAAUGAUAUUUUCUCAGGUAAGGGUCAAUACCCCAGCAUGAGCACCAAAUAACACAGGUGAUCAUUUUAAGCACUGGCUCUGAAGGGUGAAAAUUUUAAAUAAGGACCUCGUAUAAAUGGUUCAAUACACGACGAAUAUGGCUGGGGGUAUGGAUUUCGACAUGUGCAAGUGGAAUAUUUUUAACAUGACGCCAGGAGCCCAUCAAGUUCAUGAUACCCAGAUCCCAGCGGCUGUAAAAUUGUAUAAAUGGACGUAAAGGAAAAAAGUAAAACGGUCGAAGGACGGGCUUCUGAGUUCCACUUCAUCCAAUUUUAUUUUUUCACGGUGACACGAGACUCAGGGAAAUAUGACACUUUUCGCGGGAAACUAGCGGUUUUAUUUAUAAAUCUACUCGGGAAAGGGUUGACUCAAGAAAUUAAUGGAGAUGGAGGCUCCAUUUGAUGGGCUCCUGAUGACGCCGAAUAUGCCUACCGCCUAACUCUAAGGGGGUUACAGAGGUACUCUCAAUUCUCAAUUAUAAGGCGGUAUUAGGUCCAGCAAUAUAUUGAAUGAGGUUGAAAAAACAUGCAGGCGAAAGCCGAAUUUUCAAUCAUUUGUUUAAUUACCUAGUGCGUAAAAUAUUUUCACCUUCACAAAUAUUCUCACAUCCACGUACUAGACUUUCUUCAAAACAUAUGGAUAUACCUCGGCAGUUUUAGAAUAGUUAACUUAUUUUCCUCGGAAGAUAUUCUUCAAUACAGCAGUUGACAUCCAUCGAACUUUUGCGGUUAUUUUGUCUUGGUACUGCAGCUGUGAACUCUUUUUUGCGCCAUUUCCUAGCCUGGCGUCCUGCUCCACCAAAAAAGCCAAGUCUUGCGUGAUGUCAUACUAUGCGAUUACAGAAUCAUCGACGUCAGCGACUGACUGACUGUUUUGGCGGUGCGGAACUCAAGAAAAUGGAAUAGCUGAUUCGACGGACGUUCGUUUUUUGAGAAACAACUGUGAAAAGAAACAUCCUUUUAUAUCCGGAAACUGCCACGGAGCUGAAAAAUGCUGUCAAAAAAUUCUACUAAAUUAAGGUGGACGAGAUGAGGAUGUCAUUAGGUCGGAAUAAGUUUAAUAAUAAAACGCUUUCGUAAUGACAUGACAGAGUUGUGCAGAUCUCUGAGGAUGUUAUGGCGUUACUGGCUUAAUAGGAUAAUUUUGUUCUUAUAUAUUUAUUUUUCUCGUACUUUAAGUCUUUUCCAAAAACUGUUAGAAAUUAAAUUCCUGCCUGCCUGCCUGAGUGUAGGACCGCGGCAGGAUUAGCUCAGUCGGUAGAGCGUUUGACAUCAGAGUGGAAGGUCGCGGGUUGGAUUCUCGGUGCCGGACCAAUACUCCGGGUCUUAAAAUAACUGAGAAAGGAAGGUACCCGCUUUGCACAGCAAGCGGAUAGACCUUCGAGUGGCUCGGAUGACCACGUAAAAUGGCAGUCCCGUCUCCAGCAGGAGACUUAAAAAUGGUGUCCCCAAUUAGUCCUUUCGUGCUUAAUACCUUGACACUUAAAUAAAGUGUAAUUUAGUUUUUAGGAAAAAGGAGGGGAUUAGCUUUAUAGGGAAGGGGUGGGAAAGACAUAGAGGAAAGGCGAAGGGAGAGGGCACACAAACGAGGAACAGAUAGGAGACAAAUGAGUUUGGAUUUUCUCAUCACUGCCUCAACGCAUUGCAUUUCAACAUUUACAGAUGAAAAUCCUGAAUGUUUGCGUGGUCCUUAUCUGGUCAUGCUGCAUAUUAAAAGCGGGAAGUCGACGACCAACAUGUCCACAGUUAACACACUUUACCAUAUUCUACCCAAGUAACCCAGAUGCAAAAGAAACGUGUAGAAUAUGCCCAAAGUGCCCACCUGGCUAUGGUCUACCUGUGCAAUGUGGUAGCAGAGUUUCCAAUUUUACUUCCACAGACUGCGAACAGUGUAUAGAAAACAAGACAUACUCUGAGAAAAACGACAUUUCUGAAUGCAAAUCAUGCAAUGACUGCACGGGAAGAAAUGUUCUUCAAAUGUGCAGCAAAUUAAACAACAGCAAAUGCGGAACAUGCCUUCCAGAGUAUUACUUGGAUUCUCAAGUGGAUGACUGUAAGAAGUGUUCAUUUUGUUGCAAGGAUGCUUUGGAGCAUGAACAUCUUAGACAGUGUAAGGCUCUUGGAAUGCCACGGCACAUGCAGUGUGAAGAUACCGAUAAAAACAGGAAGUGUGAAAUACAAGCUCUACUUUUAAGCAGCACGACAACGACAACAAGUCGUCCUUUAGUGACAGUUUCACCCACAAGUGAAGUUAAGAGUAUCAGGAAAUCUGUAGCUGCAUACAGUGAUUCAUCCCACAAUAGGCAUGAGAUUAUGUACGGACUUGUUGGAGUUUUUUUAAGCGUUUUCGUGCUGGGUGCUAUCAUGUGUGCAGUCAAGCUCAAGAUACGCAACAGAUCGCGAAAUAGGCACAGGAUAGGCACGAUCUACAACAGCAUUGAUCAAGGUAAUAACCUACUGUAUUUUUCUUUAAGUGUACUUGUAUCCCUUCCUNGGAUUCUCGGUGCCGGACCAAUACUCCGGGUCUUAAAAUAACUGAGAAAGGAAGGUACCCGCUUUGCACAGCAAGCGGAUAGACCUUCGAGUGGCUCGGAUGACCACGUAAAAUGGCAGUCCCGUCUCCAGCAGGAGACUUAAAAAUGGUGUCCCCAAUUAGUCCUUUCGUGCUUAAUACCUUGACACUUAAAUAAAGUGUAAUUUAGUUUUUAGGAAAAAGGAGGGGAUUAGCUUUAUAGGGAAGGGGUGGGAAAGACAUAGAGGAAAGGCGAAGGGAGAGGGCACACAAACGAGGAACAGAUAGGAGACAAAUGAGUUUGGAUUUUCUCAUCACUGCCUCAACGCAUUGCAUUUCAACAUUUACAGAUGAAAAUCCUGAAUGUUUGCGUGGUCCUUAUCUGGUCAUGCUGCAUAUUAAAAGCGGGAAGUCGACAACCAACAUGUCCACAGUUAACACACUUUACCAUAUUCUACCCAAGUAACCCAGAUGCAAAAGAAACGUGUAGAAUAUGCCCAAAGUGCCCACCUGGCUAUGGUCUACCUGUGCAAUGUGGUAGCAGAGUUUCCAAUUUUACUUCCACAGACUGCGAACAGUGUAUAGAAAACAAGACAUACUCUGAGAAAAACGACAUUUCUGAAUGCAAAUCAUGCAAUGACUGCACGGGAAGAAAUGUUCUUCAAAUGUGCAGCAAAUUAAACAACAGCAAAUGCGGAACAUGCCUUCCAGAGUAUUACUUGGAUUCUCAAGUGGAUGACUGUAAGAAGUGUUCAUUUUGUUGCAAGGAUGCUUUGGAGCAUGAACAUCUUAGACAGUGUAAGGCUCUUGGAAUGCCACGGCACAUGCAGUGUGAAGAUACCGAUAAAAACAGGAAGUGCGAAAUACAAGCUUCACUUUUAAGCAGCACGACAACGACAACAAAUCGUCCUUUAGUGACAGUUUUACCCACAAGUAAGCCUGCUCAAACCAGUGGUUCUGGAGUUACCACUACCGGUAUACCAAGUGAAGGCACUGAAGUUAAGAGUAUCAGGAAAUCGGUAGCUGCGCCUGGUGAUUCAUCCCUCAAUAGGCAUGAGAUUAUGUACGGACUUGUUGGAGUUUUAAGUGUUUUGGUGCUGGGUGCUAUAAUGUGUGCAGUCAAACUCAAGACAGGCAACGGAUCGCGAAAUAGGCACAGGAUAGGCAGGAUCUACAACAGCAUUGGGCAAGGUAAUAUCCUACUGCAUUUUCUUUACGUAUACUUAUAUCCUUCUUUAUGUGCUGCAUUAGGCUGAGCUCAAUAUUCUGGGCCCCAACAGUUGAAUUCCGUUCCCACAAAAGAUGCCAGAAUUGGGCUCCUAGUGGCUAUAUGCAUGAGUACAAAGUCACUCAUUUAUAGAAAACCGAUUCUAAAUUUAAGAAAACAACAUAGGCUGCUAGAGCUAGUAAUAUGAAAAUCAACAGUGAGACUUGGCAAGAGGAGGAGAGAGAGCGGCCUAAAUUUUAGCGGGAAAGCAAAUCCGAAAAUAGGUUUUGUUCACCAGAAAUUUAUAUUCAGACUGUCCUCCUAUAGAAAGCUAAAGAGUGCAAGAAUACGUCUCCUUGCACCACUACACCUGGUGACCUCAACUGUUUUUUAUGUGCCAUUAGCAAGCAAAAUCUUCACUUACCUUGGAUUUUAUCCGCAGCUUGAAAGUUAAAGGCCUCCUUUUAUAAAGUGAAUGUGGUGGAACUGACAAUUUCUUAUUAACAGGUGAUGACCCGAGUCGAACUUGAGAGAAAAAUAAUAUGUAAAAAGACAGUCUGACUACCAAAUUUAUAUGCAAAAUAAAAUAUUUAUCAGUUUCCAGCAGUGAUGUCGAUACUAACUGCUAUGCACAGAAAAGGAGACUGUUAAUUUGACUAAGUCUUACUAUUUUGAGUACAUCACUCCACUGCUAAGUAGAGAAAAGUAAUUUGCUAAGUGCAAUGGUUUUGGUGUCUCAGUAAAAGAAAAGGAGAGACGGAUGUAACAAUUAUGAAUUUGCUGACAGAGAUCCUUUAUAACCCAACUCCUGGGUGCCUGGUCUCACUGCAGAUUUUGUGGUGGGGGCUUUUGUUGUCACCAUGACCCACUAAGCCAGUUGCACCAUGAGCUCCGCAGCAGCUAAAGUAAGGAUGAGUUUAGAUGGUAAUUAUGAGAGAGGUCUCAUACGUCAUUUCCACUCAAAACCACCACUUCAGCUCUGCCUUUUUGCAGUUGUAUUUGUUUUUACCCUUAAAAGGUUUUCUAUGCAUUUUGUAUACCACUACACAUUUAAUGUAAUGAGUAAUUUAAAAGAGUUCUUAUGAAGGUAUUGAAUAACUGUGAUGGUUAGAUGGUUGGAUUAGACCUCUUUCAUAAUUACGGCCUAUGAUUCUUUUGUAUGUAUGAUAAUUAUCCUUUCUGACCUCGUAAGCAUGUGUAAAAUACACUGAAAAAUUCAUACUUUCAAAAGAAGGUCAGAAAGGCUAACUAUCAUACAUAUUAAAGAAUAUAAUAAUCGCCCGCCAUUAUGAAAGAGGUCCGUGGUUAGACAGGAACAUUGUGUUAAAUUAAAGAUCACUUAAAGAAACCCGCUGCUGGAUUGUUAACCAUGCUGUACACAACGACCUGAGAAUAUGGGAAAAACUGGCUCAAAAGGAAACGUCACUUUCAUGAAUUAUCCUCCUUGCUCAUGGACUGCUCCUUCAGUAUGGUGAUGACAAAAACACUAGUUUUCUUUUUUCAGGUGAGGCACAAGAAAUGAUCGAACUGAGACAGCCGGCUGAGAACAUACGCAAUGUCUAUGAGCAUUGCAAUUUUUAUGGUAAAUGAAAUAUUCUUGUUUAUCGUCAGCAAGAUUUUAAUUAAAAUCUAGCAGGAUCCACAAUAUUUUGAAAGAGCAAUUUUGUUAUAAAUGACGACAAUCGCUUCAAAUAUAUAAAUACAUAAAUUCAAGACAAAUGCAUAGAACUAAUUUCCUGUAAAUCAAAGUUACAGUUACAUUUAUAAUACUUUACUUUUCUCUCUAGCCUCCCACGCAGACGUUCUUACGGGUUCGUCACGCAAUCAUUCCUCUCCCACGAACGACGUUCGUGGGGUAGGAAGGCGUGACGAACCCCUAAGAACGUGGGAGGCUAUUUUCUCUCCUGAUGGGGCUUUUAAUCAAAUAUUUUUUUAAGCGGUUAGCAUUUUCGUGUUUAAAAAAAAUAAGAAGAAUGCAGUUAGAAUACAGCUCUAUAUUAUGAAAUGUUAAAAAUAGAAUGCAAAAAAUACAAUACGGGCAAAUCAACAAAACUCAACACUUAGUUAUAUAAUAUAAAUGAUGAAGCGACAAGACCAGUAAACCCUUGCGUAAAAUUUAAGAGACUGGAUGAUUUAAAGGUAAACUUAUUGUCAAGAUUGUUCUGGAUGUUCAAAAAGGUAUGGGUCAAAUAAUAAGCAGCACUGACAUUUCAACGCCUGUAAACACAUCCAAAGUGAUGUGGAAAAUAAGAGCUUAAUUCCAUCAUACAAUGUAUAAAGUUCAAACGACUCUUAAACAAUUGCUAGUGUUUCUGAACUUAAUGGAAGGUCCAAAAUUGAUUUCCAGUUACCAAAUAAUUGAAUUUUAAGCAUUUGGAGGUAGACCAAGUUUUACCCUUACGUUGUAUAAUUCAUAACUAAAAGUGUGCAUUUCAGUUUGCUAUACUUAGCUAAGUGACUAUUGCUUUUAAUACUUAAUGAUCUUUUGCAGCCAAUGGACAAUCAUCAAACAAUCAAAGUACAGAGAGCUCUGCUGCGUCCUCCACUGGUAAUCCUAGCUUUGCUAUUUUUUCGCUCUUUUAGAUUUCCUCUACAACAAAAACAAACAGGUUUUGUUUUAUACAACUAGGUAGUUAAAAAGUAAUUUUUAAAAAAACUGAUGCUCAAAUACAUUGCUUAAUUUCACCCAUUUUUUAGGCUUUUGCCAAUACGGUCAUGGUUACACACUGUGCUACACAACGGAUCUAAAUUAGCAAUUGAUACUCUGAAAAUUGUUUUAAAUAUUAAAUAUAUAUUCUUGUUAGCAAUGAGAUCAUGAAAAAUUGAGUAGUUUAACAAGAAAGAGGACCAAGACCCAAACGCUUCCUUAAGAUCGCUUGAGCCUAGAAAACAAGAGUAGAGCCUAACCCAACAACACCCAACACGACUGACGACGACGACUGCUGUACAACUACGAAACGAUUGACCAAGACCAUGUCCACCAACCACCUCACACUGCCAUCACAACCUCUUGGCCAACACCACCCCUACUACUACCAUUGUUCGUUGGCUCUCUAGUGAUGUAUACUCAUUUUACUAAAUGCAAAAUUUCAGCAUCCUAGCUCAGAGUAGCGGAUUUUGGCCAAUUUACAUCGGUUCUACCAAACGCAGAAUUUCUGCAUCCCAGCUUAGUGCAGGAGAUUUUGGCUGGGAGAGGGAUAAUGAAGUCAAACCGCAGUUGCAGAAACAGCGGCAAUGGUAACAUUUGAACAAGAUAUUGAUAUAACAUCUCUGUUUAUCUUUUACAGAGUUAAUAACACCUGUUGGUGUAUCCAGCGUAACGACUUUUGAUGCAAACAGCCUAAACAUCCAAGUUUCACGUAUUCCUGAAGGUAUACAGACAAAUGUUUGCAAAAAUCCUACUUGCCAGCUUCAGCAAGAAUAAAAGACAAGCGAUCUUACAUAAUAGCAACCCUUAAUAAUAAUAAUAAUAAUAAUAAUAAUAAUAAUAAUAAUAAUAAUAAUAAUAAUAAUAAAAGCAUUUAUUUAUACAGGAAGAAAAUUACAGCAUAGCAGCUGUGGUCGAGUCAAUCAAAGCCUCCAUCGACCAGCAAUUUUGACGAGCUAUCUAUCUAUACGAGCCUUUUUCUUAGAUAGUGAGGUCAUUUCUUUUCAAGACGACAAUCAUGUUAUAAUCUUUCAGUUCCUUUUAAAAAUCCUUAAAGAUUUCUUGUGUAAAAAAACAACGAAGAAAUAUAUCGAGCUUUUUAACAACUGCCACAUAUUAACUAUGCUGUGCUUUGAUAUCAAUGAAAUAUCUACAGAAGUCUUAACUUUCAAUGAAAUAUUACAACAAUUGUUUAUUAAAUUUUCAAUUAAUGUUUUUCUUAUAAUUUUCAUAGUUUCCUCAAUUUUAUUUGUCUGACUGAUUUUUUAUACACUGUCACCUUAACGACUAUUGGUUCGGGACAAUCUCGACAUAUCAGUUUUCCUUAAGAUACUGAAUUGAGUGUGCUAAAAAUUUAUUUUUCGUUUACUUGGCGUUAUCGCCCUUCUCCUCUUAAGCCUUAGGCACUACCUCCUUCCAGACAUAAAAAGAGAAAAAAAACAUAGGACUUUCUGGCACCUGAAAGACCAUAAGAUGAAAGUCGAUUCAAGCUAAAAAGUGCUAAAAGUACGAUGCAUUACAAUUAAUCAACAAUUCGUUUCAUGGUGCUCUUCUUCAUAUCUUGCAGAUUUGCUUCUUACAAGUGUUUUAACAGACGUCAAUGUAAAGGAUGACGUUGCUCGCGGUUUGGAUCCGGUCGGUCCUCUAGGAACCUCGAACUGGAUCCAUCUCGCUGAGGUAUUACAAAUACCGGACGAGAUUAUAAUAUGGUGUCAGCACAAUCCUCACUGCAGUCCAAGCAAACACAUGCUCGAGUUUAAAGAAGCCGUGGAUCCCGACUUCUCAGUUCAGCAACUCAAAGAUGGACUCCACGCUAUUUCCAGAAAUGAUCUCGUCAAAAAACUUAAAGAAUGUAAACUUCCUGGUAAGUUCUGAGCUUUCCGUUUAGGUCACUAAUGUUCGUUCUAAUAAACGUUUCAUUGUUUCUCUCCUCCACCGAUAUGCAUAUCGAUUAGGAAGCAAUCUGACUUUCAGAUUUGUAACGCGUGAGUUUACGUGCUGAUACCUUGUCUCCCACUUAAUUUGAUGAAGCUGAACUGAGUGCAGACUUGAUAACAUGUGCCAAAAUUAGCUGCAUAUUUAUUGCAAAAAAAUCCAAAUGGAUUACUUAGAGGGUUUUUGAUUAAACUAUAAUACACGAGCUAAGUCAUAGUUGGUAGAGGAGACUGGUUAGGAAAGCCGGCAAACAUUAAAGUUGAAAACAACGGUGCUGUAGUUUAUGUUGGAAGUUCCCUGACCGUGCACAGUCCUUUGUUUUUUGUUCACAAAUUGCCGGUGAAAAAAUUAAUCCGAAUAAAUUAAUGCGAUGUUUCUAUUGGUCACCAAGUUCAAAAUGAUAGGAAUGCUAUUGAACGUAGUGCACCGUCAGGUCCAAAAAAGCGAACAAAAACAUAUAACAAAGGAGUCUAACGAGUUUCCUAACCAUACCACUUUAAUAACUAUGGCUAAGUGGAAUUCACGUUCAUUACUUAAUCUCCUACGUGCGUCAUUUGCACAGAUACUGCACCAUUGCGAGACCUCCGUGAACAUCACCCCAAGACCUUUAAGUUCAUUUGCAUGCACCUGGAUUUAAAGCAUUAUUGGCAAGAGCUGGGGGAAAAGAUCAACAUCCCGGACAAGAAGCUCCAGCGAAUCGGUACUUCCUCCACCUGUGCAAAAACAGUCCUUGAGAUCAUCGAAAAAAGAAACCCUAAGCUGACUGUGCUGGAGAUGAAGCUUGUCUUAAAAGAUAUGUCGAGAAAAGAUGUGUGCGAUGCGCUGGAUAAAUAUCUGCCACCAGGUAUAACUUCUUGUUAAUUAUUAAAUUUCGAUUGUUAAAUAGAUUUCGAUAUGUAGGAAAUAUUCGAUACUUACUCUUGUGACGUCACGCAAUAUGAGCAAUAGUGGUAGACAACAACGGCCUAAUGAUUACUUAGAGUAAUAGACUUCUGCAAACGAUCGAAGUGCACAUUAUCAUUAUCAACGUCACAGUCAACAUCUUCCUUCGGCUAACUCGCGCCAUAGGAUUGAGCGGAAGAGGCUUGAAAACGAGAGCGAAAGCUCGUGGCCUGAAUUCCAGCAUAUUUUAGGCGCUUUUUGUAUUUCCUGGAGCUUUUGGCUCUUGCCUUGCGACGCCAUUUCGGAAUUUACUUUAUUUGAUAGGCAUCCAAAGUGAAUUCCCCUGGCACUCUUGACGGUGACGUAUACGUAACAUUGAUCUCAUCGAGGAUGACUGGGAAUCCAGCUGUAUUGUAGUAUAAAAUUCGACAGUUUUUCCCUUAUCUGUCAUUUCGUUUCACAUCUUGAUUGCUUUCUGGUGCGAAGGUGUACUAUGAAAAAAAUACCUUUACCUCUUUCUGCUUAUCCUGAUUUUUGUAUUAGGUUUACUUAACUGAAACUAUAUCAUUCAGAUAAUUUGACAAAACAAAUUUGCCUUUUUUUAUAUAUGCAUUUUGAUAUACCAGCCAGGGGAGAAUAUAAUUUAUUUGUUCUUAUGCCCUUAUUUUAUAAAUUUUCCAUUUUCACAGAGGCUUGCCACACAAUUAAAACUGUUUGUGAAAACCCAUACUGUUUGGAAGAGGUAGCAACCUUGUUAGAAAAAGAAGCACCAGGAGUAGAAAACUGGCAGCAUUUUGCUUGGAGGUAUGAUGUUCCCAGAGAGAUAUGUGAAAGUUUAAAGCCCAAAGAAACACCAAGUCCAACCAGAGCGUUAAUGGAACACAUCGUUCAAGAUAAACCAGACAUGACAGUCAAGACGUUCAUGAAAGCGUUAAUGAAGAUACAACGUACGGAUGUCGUGAAUGCUUUACUAACGCGGCUUUCCUGGUAA